AUGGAAGCAACCAAACUUUCAAUCCCUACGCUCCAUUGCCGGCCAUUUUCUUCCACAUCGCCACGCCGCAGAAGGCGCGUUAACCUAAAUACUGCGGCAGCAAGCGGAGGAACAAGCGGACGAGAUCACUGGGGCAGGCUGGUGGACGAGAACAUGAUUGCGCUCCGGUUGCGGAUUAGGGAGAUGAAGAUCUCAGAGACGAAUUACGAGCCACCUUUGAACUGGAUGGAGUGGGAGAAGCAAUAUUUCUCGCGUUACAACGAGGAUAUUUCUGAAGCAUUAGGGUUGCUGCAAAAUUAUUUGAUGAAUACUAGGCCAGGUUUGGCUUUUGGGAUGGUAGCACUUGUUUUUUUUAGUGUACUCAUAGCUUCUGGGGUGGCCUUCAUUCAAGCAAUAGAGAUAGCUAAGAGGUUCUUAUCGAUCUGGGUUUAA